UAGUUGAGUGCGUGGAGUGGGCAAGCGAGCACACGGCAGACGCUUGGUGUUGUACAGAGAGCGAGUCGGUGUUGUCGCAGACAUUUUUCGUUUCCCGCGCUCGCGCAACAAGUGUUUGCUGUUGUUGUUGCUGCUUUUUUGUUUUUCAAUUUCCGUUGUUUUUUUUUCGUCGAAGAGGAACCCCGGAGACGUAUCAAUAUAUCCGUCGGUCUACCCUACGCUUCGUUCGAUACAUCCGCGCGCGCGUGUGUGUGUGCAUGUGCAAGGAGUGAGCGUCGGUUUCUCUCUCCCGGAAAGGAAGCGCUAGGAAGGUAACAAUGAUGUUUACAGACGACUCGGAGGACCUCUCUCCGGCAGACAUGCGAGAGAUGCACGAGCUAGAGUCUACGCACAACGAGGACUACACGCUAUCGGCGAUGUCCCCGCAGACCGCCAGCUCCCCCGGGGCCGCCAUGCCUCCCGGAGCAAACCUCCCCCCAAUGCCCGGAGGAGGAGGGGGAGGCGGCGGUUCAAAGAAAGCGAACAUGGACCACGUGAAGCGACCGAUGAACGCCUUCAUGGUGUGGUCGCGCGGACAGCGCAGGAAGAUGGCUCAGGAAAACCCGAAGAUGCAUAACUCAGAGAUCAGUAAGCGACUUGGCGCAGAAUGGAAGAUCCUCACCGAGGAAGAAAAGCGACCUUUCAUCGACGAGGCGAAGCGCCUGCGCGCGCUACACAUGAAGGACUACCCGGACUACAAGUACCGCCCGCGCAGGAAGAUCAAGAAACCAAUCGCCGGGAAAGUGGGACCCGCCGGGAUGAUGGGAAUGAACCCAGCCGUUAGCUCCCCAGGCCUACAGCAGAUGGGACAGAACAUGUACAACCCUAUGAACGGCUACAUGCCCAACACGUACGCAUCCAUGAUGGCCGCUGAUCCAUCCACGUACCAGCAGCACAUGGGCAGCCAGUUGGCGGCCAACGGUAGUCUCUACCCGCGCUACGACAUGGCGGCCGCCGCCGCCGCACAGAUGCACUCGGUCAGCAGCAGCCCCACCAACCCGUACAUGCACGCCGGAAACGGAAGUUACGCGUACUCGUGGCCGCAGUCGGCGGCUCCGACGAUGAUGAGCAGCUCUCUACCUCACCAGCAAGGUAUCAAGAGCGAGCCGACGACCGAGCACAGCCCCAACAACAACAAUCUCGAUGCUGGAGGCGGAGUACACCACCGGGGAUCGAACCAGCCGCAGAGCGACCUACGUGACAUGAUCAGUAUGUACCUGCCCGGAGAUCCGAACGAUCCGCACAAGCAGCAGAUGCAGCAGCACUACCAGAGCCUGCAGAACGGAGUGACGAAUCAGAUCCCGCUGGCGCACAUGUGAGCGGUGUUGCGUGCACAAAUAUUUGUGGACCCCCUUCAUACCACCCCCCACCCCCCAUCACACACACCGAGAAAGAACGAGGGAUGGAUGGAUGGAACUACUAUAUACCGUACAGUAUUAGUCCAGCUUUGCGGACUGUGAAACCAAAUCUGGCCUUGCCAUGGCAGAGGGUAGCAACUGUACCAUGCACGCGCGCAGGGUGCACCGACGAGAGAGAGAGGGGGAGAAAGCGAGAGACCUUGUACCAUAACUCAGGUGCUGUGUGCAUCGUCGCAACGAAGAGAGACAGAGAAAGAAAGAAAGAAAGCAUCGAACAUUUUUCCACCGAAUCUCGCACGAACAUUCCACACACCUGCUAGUACCAUCGUUUGAAACCCGCGACUUGAUUUCGAUAUUUUGAUUUCGUUUUGACCCCGAUAGUAUAAUUAAUUAUACGUUCUAUUGUUGUACGUUCUAUAAUUCAUCCGUUGGCGUGAUUCUUAUACAUAACGCGCGGGAGAUAGAUGGCGUGCGGGAUUAUAUCGAUGGACAUUUGUUACGAGAUAUACGGAUGAUAUUGACGGUCAUACCUAAUUAUGUAUACGCCUGUGUUUUAUGAUAACAUCGUGUUUUGAUUUUCCAUUGAACAGUUCUCAUUUUCGACUGGUCGUUAUAUAACUAAGAUUGUAAAUAAUUAUUUGAUCACCGAUCGUAUUAUUGUGGAUAAUCAAUUUUCUUGUACAGAUCGAUAACAGAUUCGCGCCAGCGUGCCUUAUUGAUGUGUUGUUUUCUAUUUCUGUAUAGUGUGACUUGCGGCAGAGAAAGUAAAACUAUUUUGCCGAAUUUUCGCGCAUUCAGCGCCGUAGGAAUAUGUGCGAAUGUAACGAGGAAUAGAGCUAAGAAUUGAAUUUCACCAUGUGAAAUAUAAAUAUUUGUAUAGGGCGUUUCUUUACCUCGAGAAAGAUCCGUUUGUUAGCUUUCAAACUAUUUUCCAUGAGUCAGAAAACAUUCAUAUGCGAUGAAUAAUUCGGAAGUAAAGUCAUCAUACCUAUGAGCUGUAUUUUUUAAGUAGUAGAAUUGAACCGGAAGUGCCUUGUUGCCAUAAGAUGGCUUCGUGAUGUGAUUGUAAUUCCUUUUGCUAUCCUACUAUCAAAAUCAUUUGUUUGCGCGGACGAUUCCACGCGUAUUUUAUCCCGUGUAAUUUUCCGCAUAAACGUAUGUGCCUUUUUUAACAUUCCAGAUUUCUCGUAAAUAUUCUGACGCCGCGAAAGAGUGUGAGCGAUGUAUAUAUUUUUGUUAGGACCGUGGGAAAGAUCACGCGGAUGCCAUGUUAAUUUCAGUGCCUCUUCAGAUUCGUGCGAUUAAUACAUCGACAUAAAGAGAGGAAUCUAUUUUUCUGUCAGGCUG